AUGCCUAUAUCCCAAGAAACAGCAGAGAUUAUCCGUCGCAAAAAGGCUCAAUACUGCCGCUUCGCCGACACCUGCCAGUGGCAACACUUCGAAAACAUCAUGCUGCCCACUCUCACCUUUGAAGCCCUCGAUCUAGACGGCAGUAUCCUCACCUUAAACGGAGUCAAGUACCGUUGGGAGUCGCGCGAGGCGUGGACCGCGCACUUUAGCGAGGCCUUCAAGGUCAUACAGACCAUCCACCUGACCGACGCCGGGGACUUGGAGCAGGUCGCCGAGGAUGAGGUCAAGGCUGUGUUUGGGUUGAUUUAUCAUAGCGGGACGAGGGGUUCGGAGACGGGGUUGCAUUCUACGGGUGCUGGGCACUAUCAUGAGACGUGGAGACGGGUUGAUGGGGAUUGGUUUAUGAAGAGUUGUUCCAUGAAGAGGUUGUAUUCUAAGGUGAUGCAGAUCUAA